AGACGGCGCACCUGCACAGAACGGCACCGGCAUUAUGGCAACCAAGGCCAACAUUGGUGUCUACACCAACCCUGCUCACGACCUGUGGAUCAACCCAGCCGAGCCAACGGUGGAGAGUGUGCAGAAGGGUGCUGAGGACUUGCUGCCUGGACAGGUCACCAUUGCUAUCCGGAGCACAGGAAUCUGUGGAUCGGACAUUCACUUCUGGCACGCAGGAUGCAUCGGCCCCAUGAUAGUUGGCGGGGACCAUAUUCUAGGCCACGAGUCAGCUGGAGACGUUAUCGCGGUGCACCCCUCGGUGACGCAUCUGAAAGUGGGUGACCGCGUCGCCAUCGAGCCCAACGUCAUCUGCGGCGCGUGCGAGCCGUGCCUCACGGGCCGGUAUAACGGGUGCGAGAAGGUUGAAUUCCUGUCGACCCCACCCGUCGCCGGCCUGCUGCGGCGCUAUGUCAAUCACCCGGCGGUCUGGUGCCACAAGAUCGGCAACAUGUCGUACGAGAACGGCGCCUUGCUCGAGCCGCUGAGCGUGGCGCUCGCCGGCAUCAAGAGGGCCCAGAUCACGGUGGGUGACCCCGUGCUCAUCUGCGGCGCAGGCCCCAUCGGACUGGUCACUCUGGCGUGCGUUAAGGCGGCGGGCGCGUGCCCCAUCGUGAUCACCGACAUUGACGACGGACGCCUCCAAUUCGCCAAGGAGUUCUGCCCUAGCGUCAUCACGCACAAGGUCGAGAGGCUGUCGGCCGAGGACUCGGCCAAGAAGAUCGUCGAGACGUUUGGGGGCGUCGAGCCCGCUGUGGCCAUCGAGUGCACCGGCGUGGAGAGUAGUAUCAACGCGGCCAUCUGGGCUUGCAGGUUCGGCGGCAAGGUGUUCAUCAUCGGCGUUGGUCGCAACGAAAUCAACAUCGCCUUCAUGAGGGCCAGCGUGCGCGAGGUCGACAUUCAGCUGCAGUACCGCUAUUCCAACACUUGGCCCCGCGCUAUCAGACUUAUCGAGAACGGUGUCAUUGAUCUGUCCAAGUUGGUCACGCACCGCUUCCCCCUGGAGGAUGCACUGAAGGCCUUCAACACGGCCGCGGAUCCCAAGACGGGCGCUAUCAAGGUCCAGAUCCAGAGCCUGGACUAGAGAGACACUAGAAGGGUUUUAUCAUUAUUCCUGUUCAACUAUGGGCUAUUAUACAUAGACUGAGUUGGGCAGUGUUGAGGCUGCUGCAUUGGAUCGGAGCAUGAAUACAUCAAUCAAUCCUAUGUUACCCUGCC